AUGCCUUCCUGGAUCGGGGCUGUGAUUCUUCCCCUCUCCGGGCUGCUGCUGUCCCUCCCGGCCAGGGCGGAGGUGAAGGCUCGGAGCUGCGGCGAGGUCCGCCAGGCGUACGGUGCCAAGGGAUUCAGCCUGGCGGACAUCCCCUACCAGGAGAUCGCAGGGGAACACUUAAGAAUCUGCCCUCAAGAAUAUACAUGCUGCACCACGGAAAUGGAAGACAAGUUAAGCCAGCAGAGCAAACUCGAGUUCGAGAACCUCGUGGAAGAGACGAGCCAUUUUGUGCGCACCACUUUCGUGUCCAGGCACAAGAAAUUUGAUGAAUUUUUCCGAGAGCUCCUGGAGAAUGCAGAAAAGUCACUAAAUGAUAUGUUUGUACGGACCUACGGAAUGCUGUACAUGCAGAAUUCGGAAGUGUUCCAGGACCUUUUUACAGAGCUGAAAAGAUACUACACCGGGGGCAAUGUAAAUCUGGAGGAGAUGCUCAAUGACUUCUGGGCUCGGCUCCUGGAACGGAUGUUUCAGCUGAUAAACCCACAGUAUCACUUCAGCGAGGACUACCUGGAAUGUGUGAGCAAAUACACAGACCAGCUGAAGCCUUUUGGAGAUGUACCCCGGAAACUGAAAAUUCAGGUCACCCGCGCCUUCAUUGCUGCCCGGACGUUUGUCCAGGGGCUAACUGUGGGCAGAGAAGUGGCAAACCGAGUUUCCAAGGUCAGCCCCACCCCCGGCUGCAUCCGAGCUCUCAUGAAGAUGCUGUACUGCCCAUACUGCCGGGGACUUGUCACCGUGAGGCCCUGCAACAACUAUUGCCUGAACGUCAUGAAGGGCUGCCUGGCCAAUCAGGCUGAUCUCGACACUGAAUGGAAUCUGUUUAUAGAUGCAAUGCUCUUGGUGGCAGAGCGACUGGAAGGACCAUUCAACAUUGAGUCUGUCAUGGACCCAAUAGAUGUCAAGAUCUCUGAAGCCAUUAUGAACAUGCAAGAAAACAGCAUGCAGGUGUCUGCAAAGGUCUUUCAGGGAUGUGGCCAACCCAAACCUGCUCCAGCCCUCAGAUCUGCUCGCUCGGCUCCUGAAAAUUUUAAUACAAGGUUCAGACCUUACAAUCCCGAGGAGAGGCCAACGACUGCUGCAGGCACAAGCUUGGACCGGCUGAGGAUUGUGUGGAGGACAAUGCAACAUAGUGUCACAGACAUAAAAGAGAAACUGAAGCUCUCUAAAAAGGUCUGGUCGGCGUUGCCCUACACCAUCUGCAAAGAUGAGAGCAUGACGGCGGGCGCGUCCAACGAAGAGGAGUGCUGGAAUGGACACAGCAAAGCCAGAUACUUGCCUGAGAUCAUGAAUGAUGGGCUGACCAACCAGAUUAACAACCCUGAGGUAGACGUGGACAUCACACGGCCUGACACUUUCAUCAGGCAGCAGAUCAUGGCUCUACGCGUGAUGACCAACAAAUUAAAGAACGCAUACAAUGGCAACGAUGUCAACUUCCAGGACACGAGCGAUGAAUCCAGUGGCUCUGGGAGUGGCAGCGGGUGCAUGGACGACGUGUGUCCCACGGAAUUUGAGUUUGUCACCACCGAGGCCCCCGCCGUGGACCCCGACCGGAGAGAAGUAGACUCUUCCGCAGCCCAGCUCGGCCACUCCCUGCUCUCAGGGUCUCUCGUCUGCAUGGUCCUGGCACUGCAAAGACUGUGCAGAUAAUCCUGGGUUUUUGGUCAAAUGAAACUGCAUUUUAGCUAUUUGAAUGGCCAACUCCCUUCUUUUCUUACACUCUUGGACAAUGGACCAUGCCACACAACUUAACCGUUUUCGAUGAGAAGAGAGCAGGACUGCACUCUGCCUCCCUUUCUGUUUGCCCAAAGAGUACCGGGUGCCAGACUGGACUGCUUCCUCUUUCCUUCAGCUAUCUGUGGGGACCUUGUUUAUUCUAGAGAAUUCUUACUCAAAUCUUUCGUACCAGGAGAUUUUCUUACCUUCAUUUGCUUUUAUGCUGCAGAAGUAAAGGAAUCUCACGUUGUGAGUUUUUUUUUUUUCCCGUUUAAAAAAAAAAAGUCAGGAAGAAAAUAAUUUUCCUCAUAAAAUCAGGCCAAACCCCAAGACAACUGCAUUUUCAACAAAGGAGCAAACAAGAGAGAAAAAUAAAAGAGCGUUACCAUUGUGAGGUCGGCAUUGCCAGCCGACUCCCAGUGUAAGCUUUUCUGUGAUAAAUCAGGUUUGCAAAAUGCUUUGGGAGACAAAGUUUGAAUUUUUUUUAAUGUGGUGAAAAUACAGUGUUGUCUUGGAGGUACCGUCUUGCACUCUGUCCACAGAAUACCAAACUGAUUUGGGGGUACUGAUACUAAAUUUAGAAUUCCAUCUUUAAUACGAGAGCAAAAUUGCCACGACCCAGCACCUCUCUCCCACCUUGCCCGAUUUCAAUUUCAGUGAUGGCACCAUUUUCCUUAAUUCUCUUGAUGUCUGUCUGCUGUAUCCAAUUGGCACAGAUUUUUCUCUUCAUCUCCAGUGACUAGUGGAGGCUCCCACCAAUUCAUCCUCCCCAAGGGUCUCAAUUGAAAAUAAUCUUCAAUGAAACAAGAGCUUUGCUUUAGCCACAGGUUUGACAUUAAUUCGAUGUUUCUGCCCCUGGGCUCAUUACGCUCCCAAAGUAAGAGUUCUUUUCAUGAACUUACAAGCGAUUAGAUCCAAUUGUGAGUGAGUUUUCGUUUUUUAACUAUUUGCUUUGUGGCAAUUGGUUUCUGCAUCACAAGGGCAUUCUCUUACAAAAUAACUCACAACAACAAAAAAAGUCAAGACAAAAAAAUAUAUAUAUAGUAUUGACAUGGAGAUUUCUUUCACUUUUUUAGUCUUAGUAUGAUCAUCUAUUUUUAUAUCUCUCUAUAUAUAAAUCACAGAUUUUAACUUCUUAAUUCCAAGCUCAGGGUUGACACACCUUUGUAACGAAAAUGUUUUGUCAACCAGCUCUUCUUGUUCUGUGCUGCUCAGAGAAGGGAUUCCUCAGCGGUCUGUGAGCACCAAGAAUCAAGAAAGAGAACUUUUUACGUCUCUAACUGUCCGUUUAUUAAAAGUUUGCCAGGGCACAUCCUUUUUGCAUGAGCGUGCUUUGUCCUGGGUGCUGCAGACGGUACCAAGCUCAUGGGGAGAGCCAUGGGUGUGCAGGACUGUACUGGUGAUGGGAACCGUAUCCAUAUGGAAUGUGGUAUACACACAAAACCAUCGCUUUCAUGUACGCCUUCAGCCUAGGAUUCCGCUUGGCACUUGGACACACGACCUAACUCAAGAGGCCACUGUAGAGCCACAAGCCUAACUGACCCACCAAGUGUACCAAAGCCAGGCCCUAUGCUCCCCAUGUUAGAGAGAAGCGAAAUAAACCAAACUGGGGCUUUGUUAAUACGGUUGGCUAUCCACGUGUUUCUUGGUUUUUAUGAUGAUCUGGGGUUGGGAAAAGUAAUGCUUCAAGACACCAUCGUCUGCCAGUCACAUUUUAUUUAACCCAUUGACAGAAAUGGCACGUAAAUGGUAUCUUUCGAUCUUCGCUCUCAUCAAAAUUAUAAUUAGUUAUUGAUUUAGUCAUCACAUUUAAGUAGAACACAUGCGGCACAAUAGUAUUAAGUAUAUUUGAGCACUUUUGCAAAACUCAAAAGUAUUUAGAAGCAUCUAUUGCUAUUUUAUGCCUAAUGAAAUAUGAAAAGUAGGAUUCUGAGAGACUUUGUGGCAUCUUUUCAUUUAAAUCUUUAUGAAAUUAACACCUAAUCUAAUUCAGCAUUGCGCACGUCUAGAAAACCAUCCAUUUCACUGCCAGACUGCAGCUUCCUAUCACCAAUUACACAGAAAACAUCUCUUUGAAGGAUGCUCUAUUCAAGUUGCUCAUUCCAUCGUAUGUUCAGAAAUCAGUAUUGUCUUUCUCCAAUAAUUAAGGUGCAAUACAAAUUAAAUCAAUCUUGAUUUUCCAGAAUAUAUGGGUAAUAACUUGUUUUUAUGGCUUUAAACUCCAGGUCUUUCCUUUUUUAAAUAUUUCUGCAUCGUCUUCUACGAAAUAGAUCAGAAUGCCUUGUUUGCUUUGUGCUUUCACCCCCGAAAGGUUUUGUGCAUGUGUAUGAAUACACAUUAUAGUAAUGAAUGUGAACCCAUGUUCUGUACACAUGAAACACACAGAUAAUAUAUAAACGCCUGCUCCAAUUGUUUCAACACCUUCAUAUCGAUAGUAUCCAUAUUGGUGAGAUAUAGUGAUCCAUAAGAGCCAGGCAGAGAGCUGAAAUGACUAUCAGUUAAUGAUGCCACAACAUCAGUCACUUGCAUGGAUGUGGUCGAAAUAUUCUUCAAAUUGUACUUCCUAGUUUUUAUCAUCAUCCGACUAUGUUGUAUGAUUUUUUCAGACUAAUUUAACAUGAGGCUUUUUCUGUCCUAAGGGAACUGGUUUAAUCUGGUUAUCCCAUUUCAGUAUUUUGACAUUCCUCCUCGCCCUCCCCACCUCCUCCACCAAAUUAAUUUCUCUCAUCUCACUAUAGUGAUAGGGGAUGAAAUAAUGCUCCGUGAUUUCUCCCGAUCUGCCCUCAUUUACUUUGAUGUCUCCUAAAUUCUGUAAUCACAUCACAACCUCUGUUAUGAGUAGGGAGGGAUGGGCUCACUGAAAUCAGACACUAGAAAUUGUUGGGUGAUGCUCAUAACCGCGAACACUUAGCUUAUUGAAGUGCCUCUAUUUACAUGUUCUUUAGUUAUAAUAUGUAUUUUUCUAACAGAAAUACACGUCUGUAAUUGGUGUAUAUUAUACUUUGUAUAUGUUAUAACAAAAGCUAAACAGAGGCUAAAGUCUUUAGCAGAGAAGAAUGAAUUGCAAAUUCACCAAGUAGAGCUCUGCCUAGGGUUCUGUAUUGAAGGACAGCCGUGACAGCCUUCUGUCACUUUCGUGGAGAUCAUGUCAGUACUUUGAUUAGAGCCAUCAUAGAACGUCAGCACUGGCAAUCGGAUUCCCUUAUGGUGGUUUACCCAGAUAAGUAGCUGGUAUUACCCGCUUUACUUGUAAGGGGCAAUAUUAACAAAGUAGUAUUUUCGUCUACACUGAAAAACACUAUUAAGUAGUCAUUAUAAAAGCAACAUUCUAUAAAUCAAACACAUUGAAAAUAUUGUUGGACACAGAGCCCUGAUAUUUAAUUUAUAUUCCCUGCUGCAGACAUUAGCCUACUUUAUUCUUUAGCCAUUACAUACAUGUUUUGGCUACACACUGAACACCAACUAAAGUCCCCAAGGAGGAAUAAAAACUUAGCAAAUUCCUGAGUUGUGAUUCUUUUAUUGCUUCUCUUUGCAAGGCUAAUUUUCAGGUGGUUUCAUUAAAGGUGGAAGUGUUAGCAAAUGUGAGUUUUGACUCACCCAAAACUUGCAGAAAUACAAACUCAUUUUUAAUUACCUACAGUCACAAAUAGACCUGACUUUCAACUUAAAAGUGGGUGGGGGUGGGGCGCAGUUUAGCUUUGCCAAGAGAAGAGUAAAGGAGACCAUAACCUAUACAUUUGCAACGUGUUUCUCCUUGGCGGAGAUAUUAGCCAGUGUUUAGUUUCAGGCCAAGUUAUACAAGUAGAGUAUUGAUUUGUAUGCAUUCUGGAGCCUUGCUACAUCACGGUUUGCUAUGGCACGGGACUCAGCCUAGCCUGGGGCCAUUUGAACCUCAUUCAGAGUUGAAUAGUUUCUGGAAUCUUUGACAUCGUCUUGUAAUGAGGUACUUUCAUGAGAAGACACCUGAAGGUGCGUAACAGUGAGGUCUCUGUGUGCAUAUGCAUAAUAUAUAUGCAGGACAAAUGUGUGCACCAAUCAAACCUAAAAUUUUAUGUGACUGUCAAAUGAAUAUUACUUGGGUUAAGAUUUUUCAUUUCUGAUUUGGAUAGAAAAUUGCUAUUAAUCUUGUAUUAAAAUAGUUUUUAAAAAUC